AUGAAGUUCGAUUUUACUGAAUUACCAGUUAAUGUGGAACAAUACAUUCCAAUUUCAUCUUUUAACGAAUUUAAAGACUGCAAAUCACCAAAUUUACACGUUAAAACUCCAACCAAAAUGUACAAAAAAAAAUGUCCAAGAACAUCUAUCGAAUCUCCUCAUCUUCCAGCUACAUUAAAUGCAUCACCGUCUUCGCCAAUUUUAACUUAUGAAUGUUCUCCGUCAACAAGUUCUAUGAUCAAAUCAUUUAUAGAUAUGCCUUCGCCAAUUAGUACUCAAGAACGUCGAUUAAACAAGGCAAAAACAGUUCUCUUUCCUAUCGAACAAAGCCCAAAAAAGUCAAAAAAACAUCUUGAAGACUUAAUUCGAAAAAAAAAUAUACUGUUAAAAAAUAAAUCAUCUACUAUAAGUAAAUUAAAAAAAAAAAUACAAGUUUCUCGUAAUAAAUAUAAUUUACAUACUUUUAAAAAUAAUAUUAAAUUUUCAAGUUUUGGAUCAAAAGUCAUAGCAGAAAUGCAAAUGUUUCAUAAACGUAAUUCAAGGAAACCCUGGACACUAGCUGAAAAAAAUUUUGCUAUAAAUUUAUACUAUAAAUCACCUGCUACAUACAAAUUUCUUAGAAAUAACCAACAAAUAAUUUUACCAGGUGAAACUACGUUACGUAGGUGGAUAGGGAAGUCUAAAUUUUGUCCCGGUUUUAAUUCACUCUGGUUAAAGCAAAUUAAAAAUAAGUUGGAAACAAUGUCAGAUGAAGAAAAACACUGUGUUUUAAUAUUUGAUGAAAUGAAAAUAAAAUCUUUUUUAGAAUAUUCUAAGUAUUUAGAUAUGGUUGAAGGGUUUGAAGAUUUAGGACACAAAGGUAGAACGAAUAAAUUGGCUACGCAGGCCAUGGUUUUUGUUGUUCGAGGACUUUAUAGUAAUUGGAAAUUACCAUUGGCUUAUUUUUUAUCGGGUUCAUCAAUGAGUAGUUCAAUAUUAAAAGAUUUAAUUGUAGAUGUAAUCGAAAAAUGUACAGAUCUGGGUUUUAAUAUUGUGGCUCUCGUUUGUGAUCAAGGCUCCAAUAAUUAUUCAGCUCUAAAACACUUAGGUUGUUGCAAAGAAAAACCAUUUGUUGAAAUUAAAGGUAAAACUAUUUAUUCUAUUUUUGAUGUACCGCAUAUUUUCAAAAAUUUCAGAAACAAUUUUUUGAAAUAUAAUUUCAAAUAUAAAGGUCAAGAAGUAUCUUUUUCAGAUAUUAAGUUGGCUUAUAAUAUUGAUAAAACAAGUAAUACUAGUAGAGCCCUUUUAAAACUAACUGACAGUCAUAUGAACCCAAAUCCGUUUCAAAAAAUGAAUUGUAAACUUGCUCUUCAAGUCUUUAGUAAUUCAGUAGCAGCUGUUUUAAAAACAUGCAUUGCUACAGGUCAAAUAAAAUCAAAAACUGCCGCCGCAACCGCUGAUUUUGUUCAAGAAUUAAAUAAUUUAUUCGACUGCCUAAAUAGCAAAGCAUUAUACAGUUCCAACAUAUACUCUUGUGCUUUAAAUGACGACAAACCUUAUAUACUUAAUUGUUUAAUGAAAGCUAAAGAAUGGUGUACACAGCUGGAGUUAAUACAGCCUAUAAAAGUGUAUGGUAAAGUUCUUCCGUGUUUCGACGCCAUGAUAUGGAGCAUAAACGCAAUCAUAAUGAUUUAUAGACAACAAAAAAAUUUAGGUUUUAAAUAUCUUCUUACUUGCCGUUUAAACCAAGAUAUCAUAGAAAAUACUUUUUCGGUUUUUCGACAGCGUGGAGGUUUCAAUAGAAACCCGACUGCUCGUACCUUUAGAACAUCAUUUCGGUUUCAAGCAAAACAUAAUCUCAUGAAAGCCACUGAGUCAUCAAAUUGUGAAAAUUAUUUUGAUUACAAUUUAUUUGAUCCUGGUUCACAGAACGCAACGAUUUCUACACCUAACACAGAUAUAGAUACUUUAGUUGAAUCAGUUUCAGACUCAUUUGUAUCUUCGGAAGAGGAGGGUAAUUUCAAUCAAUGUCUCAAUAAUAAAGAAGAAGAAAUAACAUUAGAAACCUGUUCAAAUACAUACUUUGCUGGAUAUUUGGCCAAAAAAUGUAUAGAUCAAUUUAAAUGCACUAAAUGUGAAUCAAUAAUUUUAAAAAGUAACGAUUUUUUGUUUGAUGACCAAGAGUAUUUAAUUUUUUACAAACAAUUUGAAAGUGCCGAUAUUGAAAGAAGUAGUCUCAAAAAGCCUUCUGAUUUAUUUAUAAACUUUGUUUCUACAGCACAAAAGUGUUUAAAAGAUUUUGUAGAACUAAAUCCUCAUAAAAGAAAAUUGUGUGCAACCAUCCAACUAAAAAUAAAAAAUGAAUUGAUUUCUGAUUUAAAUUUUGAUCCAAACUGUGAUCAACAUAUUGAUUUUAUUAUCCAAAAAUUAAUAAUUUGUAAAUUAUUAAGGCAUUUUAAUUGGACAUCUAAACAUUUGAAAGGACGUUCUAGUGUACAAACAGUGAAUAAAUUAAAAAUUUUGAAAAAUGUUUAA